CUGUGUCUGUUUUUGUUGGUGUUGAUUGGGAAUAGGAAAUGCAAAUGUCAAGAGGUUGUUCACGAAGACUCACUCAAUUCCAAGGUCUGUUCCGCGGCAUCAACCACCGCUUCAGCACCUCCUCCUCUUCCCCUUUCCGCAGCCCUGCACUCCGCGAUUCUUCUUCUCCAAGUUUGUUCUUCUCCCCUUCAUUUGUAGCAAAACCACCCACCUCCUCAAAUGACACCACCCUCUUCCUUCCUCAACGGGUGGGUGCCUUCAGAUUCUUCUCCUUAAAGCCAUCGAAAUUCGAUGGAGGAGGUUAUGCGAAGAAGGUGUUGGAUAAACCCGCUGCUGCGGUGGCCUCUGCUUUCUCGCGCUACCGCGAGGCGAUUGGGUUGCAAAUCGAGGCAUUCUUUAAGAGGAAUUACCUAGUUCUGUUGGGUGCUGGUGGAAUUAUCGUCUGUGCUCUGCUCUGGAGAAUCCUUUUUGGGAUUGCUAACACCUUCGUUGCUCUUUCCGAAGGCAUGGCCAAGUAUGGCUUCCUUGCCCUUUCAACUGCUAUGGUUGCUUUUGCAGGCUUGUAUAUCCGCUCAAGGUUCACAAUCAACCCUGACAAAGUUUAUAGAAUGGCCAUGACAAAACUUAACACAUCUGCUGGGAUUCUUGAAGUUAUGGGUGCCCCCCUCACGGGAACUGAUUUAAGAGCCUAUGUGAUGUCAGGGGGUGGGCUUACAUUAAAGAAGUUCAAGCCAAGUAUUAGGAGCGGGCGAUGUUUUCUCAUUUUCCCCAUAAGAGGUCAUGAGAGAAAGGGUUUAGUCAGCGUUGAAGUCAAGAAAAAGAAGGGCCAGUAUGAUAUGAAGCUGCUGGCCGUUGAUGUUCCCAUGGCUUCUGGCCCAGACCAGCGGUUGUAUCUGAUUGGGGAUGAAGAAGAGUAUAGGGUUGGUGGAGGGCUCAUAUCUGAGCUAAGAGACCCUGUAGUGAAAGCAAUGGCAGCAACCAAGGAAUUUGAUGAUCUCGACGAGAUUGAGGAAGAGGAAGAUGCUGAAAGAGAACGUCAGGAUGCUGAAAGAAAGCACCGUGAAGAAAUUGAAAAGCUCGAAAAUAGUGGCUCCUAGUUAUAGUCAUUCAUGAUGUUUCUCUUCCAAUUUUUCUCUUGUUGAUUACUCGAGUUGUUUUGUUCUUUAGAACUCAUUUAUUUUGUAUCAGUUCGAGUUUUCCCCAAGGAUUAGAGCACCUUGAACCACAAAUGGCCAAGUUUAUCUGAACCAAAGUUGAGAAAAUAAAUCUGACAGGGAUCAACAUGCAUUGGAAUGGACUCAGCGUUUGUUGGUUUCGAUGUUGCCUUGCCUUAAGUGUACAAUACUUGUCUAUGAUAUGGUUACUCUUUUGCCGUUGGAUGUCAAUUCAGGUGCCCAAGUUUUGACCCCCUGCCCCCUACCCGUGGAAAGUUUGUUGUUUCUAGCGCUGUUCUACUUUCCU